CAAGCUUUUCUUUUUGACGUUCCCAUUUGCUUCCCCAUCGGGCACCAUGGCAGGAACCAGUAGUGACCAGUUGCACAGAUCCACCUUAUCUGUCUAUUCUAACCUGAUGGAGCACUUCAACCCCGGCCUCCAAAAGCUUGUUGCUCUGGGAAACGGCUACGUCAAAGCUUUCCAAGCAUUAGCGGGAUGCAGUGAGGCCUACUUCAGUGCUGUAGCCAAGAUGGGUGACCAGGCGCUUCAUACACUAUCAUCUCGCUCUCUUGGGGAAGUUCUCAUCCAGAUAUCUGAGACGCAAAGGAGACUCACUGCUGAGAUGGAGGGAGUGUUUCGAUGGUUCCAGGUGGAGGUGUUACAAGCCAUGGAGAAGAACGUCAAGUUGGAUGAGGAGUAUAUCGAUGGAAGCCGGCGAGUGUACGAACUGGAGGUGAGGAACCAAGCGGAGGCUUUGGAGAAACAGCUAAGACGAGGAGCCUACAGGGACUCCCUGGAGAGCAGUGACUACAUGCAGUACUUGAGGCAGAGCCAGCAGGAGAUCCUGAAGGAGGAGGAAAGGAGGUAUCGUUUCCUGGCAGAGAAACACUGUGGUCUCACUCAGUCGUUGCUCUUCUUGGUUAACAAGACAGUCAUGUCACUUCAGCAAAAAGCAGACGGAUGGAAGGAGAAAGUCAAUGAGACCAGAGGGUCUGGAUCGCGAACCCCUACUAAUUUGGACCAAGAGGCACAGCUGCGAGGCUCUGUGAGCUCCCUACUACAGACGGUAGCCAGAGAUGAUGACAUGUCCUGGGCCAGGCGGGAGCAACAGGCACUGGGGAAAGUUCCCUCGAGAGCUCCAUCGCCCCUCCCCAGCCGCUCUCGCUCGGGGUCUGUGGGAGAGUCUCUGGGUCUGGGCGGCGGCAGACCCAUGAGGGCCUUGGUGUCUCAUCCCUCCUCAUCUAACCCAAAGUUGCUGCCUUUCAACAAGGGGGAGAUGAUCACUGUGCUGAUACAGGAGCCGCGCAACGGUUGGCUGUACGGCCGCACCGACAGCAGCCUGCGGCAGGGCUGGUUCCCUGCUGCUUACGUGGGCUCCAUUGAUGAUUUAAACACAAGCAGUGGCACUUCUCUGAGAAGUAGCAGCAUGAACAACUUGCUGGACCCUGGGGACACACACAGCGACCAAUCAGAGAGCAGGAGCUACGGUGAUGUUGCACCACCGGCCACACCUAACCGCAGAGCUUCUGUGGAUAUCCGGUCAGUCUCUCCCAUCCCAGAGAAGAAGGCCGAACCUGCGACGACAGAGGUGAAAACUUCGACGACGGAGGCAAAAUCUCCUCCUCCACCGCCUCCUCCUCCGCCACCUCCUCCUCCGAAAAGUCUCAGUCUCCAAAGGGGGUCCGCUGAUCUGCGACCGCUUUCUUCCACCCCUGAGAGGAAGAGUGAGGGUGACGUACAGGGUUUAUCACCCAAUGGCCCACCCGAGAAUCCUCUUUUUCCAAGAGGCACAAACCCGUUCGCCACUGUGAAGCUCCGCCCUACAAAGACCAAUGACAGGUCGGCCCCUCGGAUCCACUGAAGCACAAUGCUGGAUCCCAGGGUUUGUAAGUGAGGCAACAUUAUCAGGGGGAAAAAAAAAAACUGUGAAC